CGGUCGCCAGGAUGCCGCUCCCUCAGGCUCUACAGGCUCGCUUGGCAAAACGUGGGAUCCUGAAGCACGCCGAGUCAGAGCCGGCAGAAGAGAUCAUUGCCGAGGAUUACGACGACGACUACGUAGAUUAUGAGGCUACUCGAGUAGAAAAUCUUCCUCCCAACUGGUACAAGGUGUUUGACCCCAUCUGCGGCCUCCCUUAUUACUGGAAUGUGGAGUCUGAUUUGGUCUCGUGGCUCUCCCCGCAUGACCCCAGCGCGCUCAUCAGCAAAGCUGCUUCCAAACAGAAAGAAUCCGAGGAAAAGGUGGAAAAGGAAGAGGUGAAGGAGAGGAGGUUUACUCGUCGAGAAGAGGUGGCCCCCUACCCCAAGCCUAAGAAAGGGCGGAGAGAGGAGGAGUUGGAUCCAAUGGACCCGAGUGCUUAUUCCGACGCCCCGCGGGGUACAUGGUCCACCGGGCUACCGAAGCGAAACGAGGCCAAAACGGGUGCCGAUACCACGGCGGCGGGGCCUCUGUUCCAGCAGCGACCGUACCCCAGCCCCGGGGCAGUGCUUAGGGCCAACGCAGAGGCGUCCCGCAAACAGUUGGAAUAAAACCGAGGGCUCCCGGCCUUGCUUGUCACUGAUGUACAAUUUGCUGUUUCUGUUUAUGUGAAUAAAGUUUUUUUUGUAUUAAA